AAAAGCAGUGUUACAAAACCUGCACAUCAGAGGAUGGUACAGCCUCCAGCGUGCUCAUGUAACUGGUUGCAUAAAGAAAAAUACGACGCCCACAAACGUGAUUUUCAUAAGUACACCCUGAAAGUGUUAGCCACGUCGUCUACCGUUUCUUGUCUAGCUUUUAAAUACUUCUAAGUUUGAAUUAUUGCAUGUUGCAUAGCAUCUGGAGGAGUUCAUCUUUCUCCACUGUUGCACCAAGACGAUUGUUGAGGUUUCUUGCCCACGUUCAGCAGAGACCCAGCUCAGUUUUCUCCUGCCUGACCAAGUCAUACACCAGCCAAACCAUCAUGUCUGGCAAAAAACGCAAGUCAGAGUCUGCUGCUGCAAAAGAGCCCAGUGCUAAGCAGCAGAAGUUGGCUCCCAUGAAAAAGGAUGAGAAGGAGAAAGCUGUCGGCUGGCUGAAGGACCUUUUGAAGCAGCAGAGGACUGAAGGGAGGGAGAUGAAAUUCAACAAAAAACGCCUCCGCUUUAUAUCAGAGACUGAGAAGAUAAAGCAGGGCUCAGAGGGUGUCCUGUACUGGAUGUUAAGAGACCACAGAGUACAAGAUAACUGGUCGCUGAUUCAUGCCCAGCGGCUUGCUUUGAAGGAGAACCUUCCUCUACACGUGUGUUUCUGCCUGGUUGUCCCAAAAUCAGAGCUGUCUACUCUGAGACAUUACAACUUUAUGUUGAAAGGUCUCGAAGAAGUUGCAAAGGAGUGCAAAACCUUAGACAUCCAGUUCCACUUGCUACAUGGUUCAGCAGCAGAAGUUCUCCCUGGUUUUGUGUCAGACCGCAGCCUGGGCGCAGUGGUGACAGACUUCUACCCCCUCAGAGAGCCAGUGCAGUGGUUGGAGGGUGUUAAAAAGGCUCUUCCAAAGGACAUUCCCCUCAUACAGGUUGAUGCUCAUAAUGUUGUUCCCUGCUGGGUGGCAUCACCUAAACUUGAGUACGGUGCCAGGACGAUCAGAGGAAAAAUCACAAAGCUUUUGCCAGAGUUCUUCACAGACUUUCCUCCAGUAGAGAAACACCCCCACACAGCUACGAGAACUGCCAAACCAGUAGACUGGGAUAAAACCCUGGCCUCCCUGCAGGUUGACCAAACAGUGGGAGUGCCAGAGUGGGCUAAGCCGGGCACCAAAGGAGGGAUGGCCAUGUUGGAGUCCUUUAUCGAUGUCCGCCUUAAACUGUUUGACACCAAACGCAACGACCCAAACGCUGUCGCCCUCAGCCAGCUGUCCCCCUGGAUCCGCUUCGGCCACCUGUCUGCCCAGCGUGUUGCACUGCAAGUUCAGCACAGUGGGAAGUCUGCAGGUCACUCUGUGGCCUCCUUUAUCGAGGAGCUGGUGGUGCGCAGGGAGCUGACUGACAACUUCUGCUUCUACAACAAGAAAUACGACAGCAUUGAGGGUGCGUAUGAGUGGGCUCAGAAGACCUUGAAGGAUCACGCCAAAGACAAGAGGCCCUAUCUCUACACACGUGAGCAGCUGGAGAAAGCAAAGACACAUGACAAACUGUGGAAUGGAGCUCAGUACCAGAUGGUCACUGAGGGGAAGAUGCAUGGUUUCCUGAGGAUGUACUGGGCCAAAAAGAUUUUGGAGUGGACUUCUUCACCAGAGGAAGCGCUCUCAAUCGCUCUGUACCUAAAUGAUCGCUACGAGCUUGAUGGCCAGGACCCCAAUGGGUUUGUCGGUUGCAUGUGGUCUAUUUGUGGCGUCCACGACCAGGGCUGGGCAGAGAGACGUUUUGGAAAAAUCCGCUACAUGAACUACAAAGGCUGCAUGCGGAAGUUUGACGUAGCCGGGUUUGAGCGAAAGUACUGUCCUAAAAACCUUUGAAGCGUAAGAUGUUUUGAAGGAUGGGAAUGAAAUGCCUGACAGCCUAUAUCUCCUACACCUUUACCUCAGGGAGAGUUUGUGCAGCCUCUCUUGCAGAGGAUGUUUUGUUCCUCACUGCCUGUUUUGUUUGGUGUAUUAAUACAUGGGCUGUGUCUUUUACUGGAUAUGUUAGUUUUUUAUACUCUCAAGACUGGUAGUUUACUGUACAGUGUGCUGUGUAAUUUAACAGAUUACGA